UAUGAGGGUGCAGCCAUGGAAGGAGGCAGAGGACCAAGCAUCUGGGACACAUUCACUCACCAAUACCCAGAAAAAAUUGUGGACGGAAGCAAUGGGGAUGUGGCAGACGACCAAUACCAUCGUUACAAGGAAGAUGUAAACAUCAUGAAGGAUAUUGGAAUGGAUGCCUAUAGGUUCUCUAUCUCAUGGACAAGAAUUCUUCCAAAUGGAAGUCUGAGCGGUGGAGUCAACGGGGAAGCAGUUAGCUAUUACAACAAUUUGAUUAAUGAGCUCUUGUCGAAAGGGUUGCAGCCAUUUGUUACUAUUUUCCAUUGGGACUCACCUCAGUCACUAGAAGACAAAUACAAAGGGUUUCUUAGUCCUAAUAUAAUUGACGACUAUAAGAGUUAUGCUGAAGUCUGCUUCAGGGAAUUUGGAGAUCGAGUGAAACACUGGAUCACAUUCAACGAGCCGUUUUCCUUUUGCCAAUCGGGUUAUGCAUCCGGCGUGUUUGCACCAAGCCGCUGUUCAUCCUGGGAGCAGGGAAACUGCAGUGUUGGGGAUUCUGGCACAGAGCCUUACACUGCGUGCCAUCAUCAACUACUAGCUCAUGGAGAAACCGUUAGAUUGUACAAAGAGAAAUAUCAGGCCUUGCAGAAGGGAAAGAUUGGAAUAACUUUAAUGUCACACUGGUUCGUUCCUAUCUCCAGUUCAAAAUAUGACAAAGCUGCAGCAAGACGUUCUAUGGACUUCAUGCUUGGAUGGUUUAUGCACCCUCUCAUUAAAGGAGAGUAUCCUUUAACCAUGAGAAAAUUAGUUGGUAAUCGCCUGCCAAAGUUCAGCAGAGAACAAUCUGAAUUGGUCAAGGGUGCAUUUGAUUUCAUUGGACUAAACUACUACACUGCAUACUUUGCGGAAAACGUUCCUCCAUCAAACAGCCUCAAUUACAGCUAUAACACUGAUCCGCGAGCAAACCUUACCGGUGCUCGAAAUGGUGUUCCCAUCGGUCCUACGUCUGCUUCAACUUGGUACUUCAUCUUCUAUAUCUACCCUAAAGGAUUAUAUGAGCUGUUGCUUUAUGUUAAGGAGAAAUAUGGCAAUCCCACCGUUUAUAUCACUGAGAAUGGUGUGCCUGAAAUCAACAAUAGUAGCCUAACGCUCCAAGAAGCUCUGAAGGAUGACACAAGGAUACAGUACUACCACGACCACCUUCUUUCCCUACUAAGUGCUGUAUGGGAUGGAGCAAAUGUGAAAGGAUACUUUGCGUGGUCGCUUCUUGAUGAUUUUGAGUGGGCAAGUGGGUUCACGCUUCGCUUCGGGAUAAACUUUGUGGACUACAAUGAUGGACUGAAGCGAUAUCCUAAGAAUUCUGCACAUUGGUUCAAGAAGUUCCUUAAAAACUGA